GUCGGAAAUUAGAACCGGGGUCGUCCUCUGAGCUGAGUUUUCAGUCGCCCUUCAACGGAGAAAGAGUGCUUUUCUUGUCCAUAACUGACACCAGCUCAACGUUAAACCAUGGCAGGGACAAUUGCACGGAAAGCUAUUGACCAUCUGAAAAGCAAAGACUUCAGGGAUUAUUUGACAAGCACGCAUUUCUGGGGUCCUGUAGCAAACUGGGGUCUUCCCAUAGCCGCCAUCGCAGAUAUGAAGAAGAGCCCUGAGAUUAUCAGUGGCAGGAUGACCUUUGCUUUGUCUUGCUAUUCACUGCUCUUCAUGAGGUUCGCCUACAAGGUACAGCCACGCAACUGGCUACUGUUUGCUUGCCAUUUGACCAAUGAGUCAGCACAGCUAAUCCAGGGAAGUCGUCUCAUCAAAUACAACAUGGAGAAGAAGAAGCAAUCUUAGUGUCAGAGUGAAGCAGAUGCCGACAUUCACUGCAGAGUGGCACCAUGCUGCUUCAACAGCCACGUACACCUGGACAUCAAAACUAAUCCAUACAAACAUCUUAUCUAAUCUUUUCAACUGUGCCACUUGCACCAUUUCUUAACCUAUUGUCACCGUGAUUGAUCAUCUUCAUGAAUUUUUAAGUCACUUUUACUACACAGAAAAAGAUUAUGCAACAUUAAAUUUUAACACUUAUUGACACACAAACAUAUGAUGUGGGUGAAUGUACACUUGGCUAACUAGCCUGACAGUUCACUGGCUGUUGGACAUUUUCAACAAAUACAUCUUUAGUCAUCAAUCAUCUCAUUUUAGGUCAUCAGCAUUAUUAUUUGUAUUACUUUCUUACCUGCUUAGUAAUUGAAAUAAUAAUGUUAUUUAAUUUAAUUAUGAACCUUUACCUAAACAAGGAGGACAUAAAGAGAGCUAAGCUUUAGUUUGUUGUGCAAAAUGUUAUGAUGUACAAUAAGAACGGUGUGCCUAGAGGAUGGUUUUAUGAAAGUAUAAUAAAUAAGACAAGCUGCUUCUAUCAGUGCUGACCAAACAUAAUACGUACUGUGUGUUGUUAUCAUAUGUAGUUCACAUUAAUUUAUUGCCAUUGUAUAAUUCAUAUUAUUUCCCCCUGAUUUAAUGAUUUGAUUCUAUGGGUUUGUUCAAAUAAACUGUCUAUAAGCAACUUGAA